GAGGACACGCAAGAAUGGACGAAUUUAAGGUGACGUUCACUCUGGCGUUGAUGAUUCUAUUCGUCAUCAACAUCAGCACAGCAGACCUGCCUAAGCCCAGCUAUGCGAGAACCAUGCUCAAAGUGUCCAGAAGCCUUCCAGGCGAGACUGAAGAGCUCAAAGUGCGAACCAGCGAAGGAAAUCUGGCCACUCUAAUCGUAAAACGUCGAGACAGGACUUUCCCCGAAGAUUCUCAACCCCUUGAACUUUCUAAAAACCCACAAAACUCUGAAAAACUCAACCCUGAAGAAGCUAACAACAAUACCAUGUCGUUAGACUCGUCAAAAAUGACAAAAACUAAAGAAGAGAUCCGAAAGCUGGAAGAAAUUCAAAUAGAGCAACUCAGAGCGAAAUUAUCAGACUCUGACAGUCAGAAAAGCUUCUCCAAGCCUGAAAACGUUUCUGCCAAUGAGAAAAUUAACAUUACCAAAACGAAUCGACCAGUUAGCGAAAAGAAUAUCGAUUAUGGCAAUUGGACGCCCCUAGGAACAGACGGAAGAGCAGUUCAGCUUCAAGAAUCGACGACUGAGGAGUAUCAGAGCUGGAAGCCUCUUCAGAGCGAUCUGAAGACGACUACAGAGGAAAGGACCAAUUACGCUAGGUUCGAUCCAGCUUUUCCCGGUAGCAGAUUGCUUCUGCCGCGUCAUUUUCAAGACAGGUCGCAGAGAAAAUUGCAACUGAAUGAGCAAAGUGACGAGAAAACACGUUUCGCAUUUCUGCCUCAUCAGGUUCGUCCAUCGAGGACAAAUAUCGGUGCAAACUUGUCGAAGAAUAGGGAUGCCAAGAAUGUACCGUCGGAAGUGAUAGUCAGAUCUGAGAUAAACGUGAAAUCGAACCCAAAGAGGUCGCCUAUGACUUUAGACAGAGAUGGUACGCCUGUGAUUCACGGAAAGAGGGUUCCCGACGAGCCUAUUGAUAAAAUUCAAACAUGGCGUAACGCAAGAGUGAUCAAUAAUAAGUUGAUUCACGACGGAACGUCUGGUGAUAGUUUGGAGGCUUCUUCGAGCUUCUAUCCGGCCGAGAAUGUCGUAGAGAGGCAGAGGUUCGACAGGUUUUUCAAGAAUGUUAACAGAAGGUACGGCAAGGACUACGAAGAAGAAGGAAAAAACGUGUUCUUCGAAUGGGACCCAAAGAACUACAAAAACGAAGCGCUCAAAGCGGAAGUAUACGAGCCCAAAAACGACAACUAUCGAAGCAGCUCUCACAAAAGGAUGCUCCACCCUGAUGGCGUGUCGAUCUACCCAGUGUCCCAACUCUACACACCGGAAAGCCAGAAAAUUGCUCCAGUUGCCCUGAAACCAGGCGCCAGAGCACCAGUCCUCCAAUACGCGCAUCCAGAACUGGGAGUUCAACCGGCAAAAAUCUUGAAGAACGAGAAAAGACGACCAGAUAAUUUUCCAGAGAACCAAUACUCCUUCACGGAGCAAAGACAGAAAAAGAAAUACGUAUUAAACGACAAGAACAUCGUGGACAGCUAUAACACGAAGAAUUAUUACCCUAAUCAACAUUUCUACGGACUGAAGAGGCCAAAUGACGCGCCAUUUUGGGUGAAGAUCUCGGAGAACCUGAAAAGUCAAUUUUCCAACGGCGUCGAGAAGGUUUCACAGUUCACUAGACCUGUAAUCGAUCCUCUUGUGGAAGCUACUCAUAAAAUAUCACAGAAUUUAGGUCUCUCCAAUGGCAAAGAAGCUCAGGAGAAGAUUGGCACCGUCACUUCCGGUAGCAGUAUCCUCAUUCCAGCCCUAGGACUCGUGGCUUCCGGCGCCGCUCUUGGGAUUGGAGCAGUCGCAGUCGGAAGAUACCUCGACGUCGACGUUCUGAAGAGAUCUAACGAAGAAUUUGCCACUGCAGUGGAGUACCAAAGAGCUUUAGACGGUGGACAGCCUUUGUUAACGGAGACUGGGCAAGGAAAUGGAAACGGAGAAACGAAAAUGUUCAAUAAUUACGGCGGAACUGUGUACUUCUUGGAGAAGGUACCGGAGAACGAAGGAGAGAACAGAGACGACGUGAGAUCUCUGAAUAAUCAGAAUGGUAUUCUAAUGGUUGUUGAAGAGGACCGUAAGACAGACAACGAAGAAAAUCUGCCAAGAAUUGUACAAAAUGAUCAAAUAAUAGCGAACAGAAGAAGAAAACGAAGUUUGGACUAUUUGGAUAUUUUCCAGGCCGAAGGAGACCUGAAGAAUCUCGUCAGAAAUAAACGUCUUCAGAGAAAAGGUGCAGACUCGAUCAGCGAAAUCGUUGAAAUCGAUCUUCCAGCUAGAGAAGGUAGCAUCGAUGUGACAGAAUUUCUUAUACCGAGGAGAAAUACCGACGAUAAAAAUAAUUCGAAGAGAACCAACAAAGAUCCAGCAAUUUUAGUGAUCGAAGAUAAAGAAAUGCCUGUGGAAUUUCUUCAGAAAAAUUUCGUCACUCGUGCGUCUGGUAAAAGUGAUUUAAGUGACCUGGAAAAGGUUGAGGAAAAUUCGAAAAAUUUGAUGGGUGAUUAUGCGAGGAAUUCUGUGGACGGGAGGGACGAGAAACGAAGAAGAAGAAGAAGCGUAGAAAGUGAUCAAGAGCUGGAAGACGCCCUUCAGAAUUUAGAAAACGCAGAAGUGGCCGAAGUGGCUCAUAUCGAUGGAGAUUGGACAAAUACACCGUGCGCAAAGAGGAUAUUCUGCGACGCUAUGAUACAAAGAGGUUCAGACGCGGUGAUUAUAAUGGAGAAAAAAAUGGCUGCCCUUUUAGGCCUGAUUCAGCCGGGAGCAGCUGUCCAGGUGUCCAGCCAUUUCCAACAGGUCAUGGACGCAGUUAGAAGACACGAUUGUUCCAGCUUUCUGUGUCCUCAGGCCAGGCCAGGCAACGUCUUCUUCUAG